AUGCGCCCCCACCUCCUGCUGCUGCUCGCGGUGUGCGGCGCGGGCUGCGGGGCCGAGGCGCGCAGCUAUAGCUUGCGGGGAAGCUGGAGCAUCCGCAGCGGCAACGGCUCUCUGGAGCUGCCCGGCCAGGUCCCCGGCUGCGUGCACAGCGCCUUGUUCCAGCAGGGCCUGAUCCAGGAUCCUUACUAUAGAUUUAAUGACGUUAACUAUAGAUGGAUCUCCUUGGAUAACUGGACCUAUAGCAAGAAAUUUAAACUCCCCUUUGACUUUAGCAAAUGGCAAAAAAUAAAUUUGAUUUUUGAGGGAGUAGAUACAGUUUCAAAAGUCCUGUUCAAUGAAGUCACUAUUGGGAAAACAGACAACAUGUUCAAUAGAUAUAGCUUUGACGUCACCGACGUGGUCAGAGACGUCAACUCCGUGGAGCUGCGUUUCCAGUCGGCGGUGACGUACGCGGCGCAGCAGAGCAGGGCGCUCGGCCGCCGGCUGCCCCCGGACUGUCCCCCGCCGGCGCAGCGGGGCGAGUGCCACGCCAACCUCGUCCGCAAGGAGCAAUGUUCCUUUAGUUGGGACUGGGGGCCUGCCUUUCCUACCCAGGGAAUCUGGAAAGACGUUAGAAUUGAAGCCUACAAUGUUUGCCAUCUCAACUACUUCACCUUUUCCCCCGUAUACGAUAACAGAGCCAAGGAGUGGCAUCUUGAAAUACAGUCUUCUUUUGAUGUUGUCAGCUCAAAGCCAGUUGGUGGUCAAGUGAUCGUAGCCAUUCCUAAAUUGCAAACACAGCAGACAUACAAAAUUGAACUUCAACCCGGGGAAAGAACUAUUGAGCUAUUUGUGAAAAUUAACAAGAAUAUUACUAUAGGAACUUGGUGGCCUCGUGGACAUGGAAACCAGACUGGGUACAACAUGACAAUUCUUUUUGAACUAGAUAGAGGCUUAAAUAUUGAAAAAUCAGCAAAGGUUUAUUUUAGGACGGUGGAACUUAUACAAGAGCCCAUAAAAGGGUCUCCCGGUCUAAGUUUCUACUUUAAAAUUAAUGGAUUUCCCAUAUUUCUGAAAGGCUCAAACUGGAUCCCAGCAGAUUCGUUCCAGGAUCGAGUAACCUCUGACGUCUUACGGCUCCUUUUGCAGUCUGUUGUGGAUGCCAACAUGAAUACUCUCCGCGUUUGGGGAGGAGGAAUUUAUGAGCAGGAUGAAUUUUAUGAACUCUGUGAUGAGCUAGGAAUUAUGGUGUGGCAGGAUUUUAUGUUCGCCUGUGCCCUCUAUCCCACUGAGCAAGGCUUCAUCGAUUCCGUGAGAGCAGAAGUGGCUUACCAGAUCAGGAGACUGAAAUCUCAUCCCUCUGUUAUCAUAUGGAGUGGCAAUAAUGAAAAUGAAGCAGCACUGAGGAUGGACUGGUUUCAUAUCAAUUUUACCGACCUGCAAACCUACAUCGAUGACUAUGUGACACUUUAUGUGAAAAACAUCAGAGAGAUGGUCUUGGCAGGAGAUAAGAGUCGUCCUUUUAUUCCGUCCAGUCCUACAAAUGGGGAUGAAACCAUCGCAGAAGGCUGGGUCUCUCAGAACCCUUACAGCAAUUAUUUUGGAGACGUACAUUUUUAUGACUAUAUCAGCGAUUGCUGGGAUUGGAAAGUUUUCCCGAAAGCUCGAUUUGCGUCUGAAUAUGGAUACCAGUCCUGGCCUUCCUUCAGUACAUUGGAAAAGGUCUCAUCUAAAGAGGACUGGUCUUUCAAUAGCAAAUUUUCACUUCACCGACAACAUCAUGCAGAUGGUAACAAGCAAAUGCUCUAUCAGGCCGGACUUCAUUUCAAACUCCCCCAAAGCACAGACCCCUUACGCACGUUUAAAGAUACCAUCUACCUUACUCAGGUGAUGCAGGCCCAGUGUGUCAAAACGGAGACGGAAUUCUACCUCCGCAGUCGCAGCGAGAUAGUGAAGGAGCAGGGGCACACCAUGGGGGCUCUUUACUGGCAGUUGAAUGACAUCUGGCAGGCUCCUUCCUGGGCCUCUCUGGAGUACGGAGGGAAGUGGAAGAUGCUGCACUACUUUGCUCGCCGUUUCUUUGCCCCCCUGCUGCCAGUGGGCUUUGAGGACCAAAGUGUGUUCUACGUCUACGGUGUAUCGGACCUUCACGCCAACCACACGGUGACGCUCACGGUGAGAGUCCACACGUGGGGCUCCCUGCAGCCUCUGUGCUCUCGCGUGACCACACACCUUGUGAUCGGGGCCGGGCAGGCUGCUCUCCUCUACAAGGAGCCAGUGUCUACGCUGCUGAGAUGUGGGAAUUGUACACGAGAAAGUUGCCUGCUUUCCUUUUACCUGUCAAUGGACCUUAAACUCUUGAGCCCAAUCAACUAUCACUUCCUGUCCUCACCGAAGGAGGCCGUGGGGCUCCGCAAGGCAAAUAUCACUGCCCUCAUCUCUCAGCAAGGUGACGCGUUUGUGUUCGAUCUGGAAACCUCAGCCGUCGCUCCCUUUGUUUGGCUGGAUGUAGGCAGCGUCCCAGGGAGAUUCAGUGACAACGGCUUCCUCAUGACCGAGAAGACACGCCGCGUACUGUUUUACCCUUGGGCGGCCACCAGCAAGGGCGAGCUGGAGCAGUCUUUUCACGCGACCUCCCUGGCGGAUAUUUACUGAGGGACUCCAGUGUCGUCCGCGGCGCUGGGAACAAAGCAUCUCUGCAGCCCUGGCCGGCGAGGAAGACAGCCAGG